AUGCUCCGUCUUCUCCCUCGCAUUCGUAUCACCCGUAUCCCCCGCCUCCUCACCAACCCACACCCACAUCACCCCCUCCCCACCCACUCCCACUCCCAUAGUCAUUCCCCCUCCCAUUCCCGGUCAAUCCAACUCUCCCCAUCCCCUCUCACCUCCAAAGCCCUCCUCUCAACCCCAAUCGAUAUCCCCUCCCUCUCCCCCUCCCCCUCAGCAGAAGAAGAAGGAGAGGAAGAGGAAGAGGAAGAAGACAUACGCCCAGUACACGCUGUGAUCAGCACGUUUGAUUUGUUCAGUAUCGGCGUUGGACGUGCUUCGAGCCAUACGGUAGGACCGAUGCGUGCUGGGCGGAUAUUCGUGGCCGCCACAGGCAAAGGGCACAUGACCCCCCAAGCCAUCCUCCUCGGGUUCGAAGGCGAAGACCCAGAGACGAUCGAGACCUCUACCAUCCCCUCUCGCUACAGUGACAUCCUCGCUACCAAGUCCCUCUCCCUGGCUGGAAGGCAUAGAAUACGUUAUGAUCAGGAUAGGGAUAUGAUUUGGCAUUGGGAUAAGGUGUUGAGGACGCAUCCGAAUGGGAUGCGGUUUAGCGCGUUUGAUGAGGAUGGGGAUUUGUUGGCUACCAAUGAGUAUUUUUCGGUUGGGGGAGGGUUUGUCGUUAAUGACCAGACGAAGGUGGACGAGAACCUAUACUACAAAGGACUAGACAAAUCGCGUGUCGACCCAUCCAGGCUCUCACAAACCCACGGUCUAGGGCAUACGCGCACGCAGGAAGAGGGCACGGAGGAAGAGCGGGAAGGGGAAGGGGAACGGCCACGGGACAGGGGGGAGGAAUCUGGAGGUAGGGGAGGGCAACCGCCGUUCCUUUUCUCGUCGGGGGAUACUUUGCUUGCCCUGACGAAGAAACAUAAUUUGACGAUCGCCCAGCUCGUAUACGAUAACGAGCGGCACUACCUCUCCGACCAAGAGAUCCGAGCCAAGCUCGCCCGGCUCUGGCAAGUGAUGGACGAGUGUAUCCGUACGGGCGUAACAGCGGUCGACGAUACCCUUCCAGGGAGGCUCCAACUCCGGCGGCGCGCACCAUCGUUGUACCGCAGGCUGAUGCGCGGGUUGUACCCCGGUGUUGCGGGCCCAGAGGGGGAGAGGCAGAGGGCGCUGAGGCUGGAGGCACCACAAGAUGGGAGAGAGAGACUGCCGAAGAUGGACUUGCCCUUGACUGAUAGGCGGAACGCGGCGGCGGCUGGGGAGAUGAGGCCUGCGGGGUUCGGCCGUGGCCUGGUGGGGAACUUUGAUCAUCCUAUUAUGCCUACUCCUUCUCGGAAAACGAUCUUCCCGGCUAUCGACUUCCUCUCCACAUACGCCAUAGCCGUAAACGAAGUGAACGCCGCCGGAGGGCGGAUCGUCACUUCCCCAACAAACGGCGCCUCCGGUCUGAUCCCCGCCGUUCUCAAAUGGGUACUGGAGUUCAUAAGUGAAGACCCGGAGCAGGAUAUUGCCACUUUCCUUUUGACGGCAGGGGCGAUAGGCAUGCUUUUUAAACGGGGGGCGACUAUAUCCGCUGCUGAGGGGGGGUGUCAGGCGGAAGUGGGAGUGGCGUGCUCCAUGGCUGCGGCGGGGUUUGCGGCUGUUAUGGGUGGGUCACCGGAGAUUAUUCUCCAAGCAGCGGAGAUAGGGAUCGAGCACAACCUAGGCCUGACAUGUGAUCCGAUCGACGGGCUCGUCCAAGUCCCCUGUAUAGAACGCAACUCCCUAGGAGCUGUCAAAGCCGUCACCGCAGCCCAGCUCGCCCUUGCAAGCGAAGGAGUGUAUAGCGUCAGUUUGGACGAGGCGAUUGCGGCUAUGAGACUGACGGCGAGGGACAUGUCGGUCAAGUAUAAGGAGACUAGUUUGUCGGGUUUGGCGACGACCGUCAGGAUCCCCGUUACUUCCCCAGCUUGUUGAUCAGCU